AUGGUCCUCGCAAACUCAACGAAAACAGUUUUCAUGAUGCAUAAGACAAAGGAUGUCUACAAACCUUUUGGAGACGUUUACCAAUUAGACAGAGGUCCGAAUCGGCCACCAGAGGUGUCAAAUGCAAAGAUUUCUAUUCAACGAAAUGUUUGGUCUUUCAUUGUGGAGGCUGUUUUGGAGUACUGUCGGAUAACCUUCGAUCUCUUUUCCGACUCUAGGCCAAUUUCCGUCAUAUCUGUGGAUUCAGAGGAAAAAAUCCUCUCAUUGUGGUAUGAAGAAGACCAGUCUCUGGAAGCUGUCUGGAAGGCCUUCUCCACGGAGGGUGAUUCCACGGCUUCAGUAGAUCUAGAUUACCCAGGGAUGCCCGGUCUGUAUUCAUGUAAAAAUGUUCUACACAUGCCUACUCCUUUCCAAACACAGCAGCCAGAUACAAGCAAUGUCGGAUGCGUACUCAUCGUUGGCUCUGACAUGCGGACAAAGCUUUCCAACUGGUUACCCAUUCUCAUAGAACAACUGCAGAAGCCGCCUCAGGAAACUGGCUACCUUCCUAUAGACAGCACUGAGUGGAUUUUUAUUGAUCUGGACUUAUCUACUUCCAGUGAUGAACAUUUCGAAGAGAAUGAACUGAUGGCAACGGAAAAUCACAAGAUGUUGUAUCAGAGGAUACCUGUAAAGAAUAACCGUUCUGUGUUGCGAGCUCUCAUGCGUUUGGCGGAGCGCAAUCUUGGUUUGGCGAGCACUCUCGUUCAGGAGAUUCCUAUGAAGGAGGAAGCCAACGCAGACUCCGUCUCAACUAUGUAUGGCGUUGAGCUAUUGCAUGAAUCCAAAGCCCAUGACUUUCUGCAGCGUUUAGGCCUUGCUGAACGUCUCUAUCUGCGUCAAGAGUCUGGCAAGUCAAUGUUUCAAGAGCCUUCCUCCGGGUUCUCUAAAACCCUGGGAAUCAAGUGGAUUAGUCCCAGACCAGUCGAUAACCUACUGAUUCGCUACAGCGUUGGAGCCUUUAGGGUGACAAUGGCAGCUGUGAAUACUCGAUCUUCUGUCUGCUUAUCGCAGUUCGUUUUAGGAGGUAGAUGUGUAGUACUGGCGCAUAAUCUUUACCGCGGUUCCGCGUCGCCAGAAGGCCCACAGACUUCAGCGGACGUCUUUCUCCUCCUCUGCCAUGGCUCUGUGAUGUAUCUCCAUGUACUGGCAACUCCUGCAUCCCUUUCACAUCCACCCAUUCUGCCCACCCUCCCCGCUCGCCAGAUGGAGACUUCAGAAUCUGAUUUUCGCGUUGCUGACUUCGUUAAGAACUUCCUUCUUCCGGCUAGACUGGCGCCUGCUUCGGCCAACUCUGCAUAUACUAUUACUCCCAAGGUCAGGGCUCUACAACUUGUUGAAAGGGGCACUCGAUAUUGGCCUUUGCGAAGAGAUGCUACGCUAAUCGGCGGAAACGAAAUGGCGGCUCCGCUUUUUGAGCAUAUGACGAAGGACUUCUUCGAAGCUGCGGAAUCUUCCGCCUGUGAGGCAGCCAUCGACUCCAUACUUGCGACAAUCAAAGUACAUCCAGUUCCUAAGGAGACGGGUACCAGUCACCUUCUUUGCAGUCAGCCCGUGGCGAUGGCUGUAGAGUUAGAAUUUCUUCUUUCUCAAUACGCUGACAUCUCAGAAGACCACAGCCAGCUGAUGGCCACUUUCAAGAAGAAGGCAGAAGCGGUUGUUUUUGCAAACAAACGUCUCUCGAAACUAAUUCCAAAGGCAAAAAGUCUUCUCAUAAACGGCCACCCCAUACCCGGCAGUCCUCUCUCUCUUCUCUCUGAAAUCAAGCGUCAACUCAGUGACCAAAUAGGCAAAAUUUCUGGGUCCGGAGCAGUCAAUUUACUGUCUGAUAACGAGUGCGUUGAGGUUAAAAGAGGUUUAUUCUGCAUUACUGUAGGCUCAAUGGAAACUUUUGUACAACAAUUGACUGCAGCAUCCAGGCGUCCCAUCCCUACCCGGGCCGAAUUUGAAGGUGUUUUGGCUGGCAGCAACUCAAAAGGCCCAUUGCGACUCUACACCGGUCUGACUGGCGGUGGAGAUGAUAACUAA